AUGGCGACGAGUCCGAUGGUUCUCGGGAGUGAUGGCGACGAUAGUGAUGUCGAAGGAUCUGGUUUGGACAGCUCGACGGCCUCCAGUGAUGACGGCGAAGAGACUGACGACCUCCUCCUUCGAAGGUUCGAGAUCGGGUGUUUUUUCGAGGGAUUAGGGAACGGCGGCCUCGAUUCUCGGCAGAGACUGGUACUGGCGGCUGACGAAGCUUCCGAUGAUGCUGACGGCUCCGAUGAAGAUUUUAAGGACGAAGAGGAUGAGCGGCGUGGAUUGGGGAUUUUGGGGAGCAAGACACAAGAUUUUGGGGGAGAGAGAAGAGAAGCUGCUGCGCCUGCUGCCGCUGUUCGCCGUACAUUCAACACCACUAGCUCACCUGCACUCGCUCCUCGCGUUUUCAUUUGCAGGUCCGCGUCUGCUCCGGCGGCCACCACCACUUCAUCAGCUUCUCCUUUGUUUGGCACUUCUGCAUUGAUUUCUGCAAGCACUUCAGCCUCCAGCUCAACUACAAGCCAGACAUUAUCUUCCACAAUUGCAGCUAGCAGUAGCGGAACAUCAGCUUCCAUCAGUUCAACAACAUCACAGUCACCUAAGUUUCCAUCAGAGAUUGUUGGGAAAAAUGUCGAGGAGAUAAUAAAAGACUGGAAUUCUGAGCUUCAGGAACGCACUACCAAGUUCCGGAAACAUGCUGUUGCAAUAGCUGAAUGGGACAGGAGGAUCUUGCGCAAUAGAGAUGUGCUUCUCAGGCUUGAGGCUGAGGUGGCGAAAGUUGUCGAGACUCAAGCUUUCUUAGAGAAGCAGCUAGAAUUGAUUGAAACUCAUCAGCAAGAGGUUGACAAGGCUUUGCAAAGCAUGGAAGGAGAAGCAGAGCGUGUAUAUGAGGAUGAACGUGGGUUACUUCUUGAAGAUGAGGCUGCUUUUGCAAGAGAUUCAAUGUAUGAACAGGCUGAGUUUAUUGAGAGCGAAUUGCAAAAGAUGGCUGAACAAAUUAAAUUGAUUAUCGAAAAAGUAAAUGCAAAACAGGGUGGUGAUCUGAGUGCAAUUGAUGGUAUGACUCCCAUUGAUUUCGUUGUCCGGAUAUUAAAUAAUCAACUGAGUUCACUAAUGUGGAUCGAUGAGAAGGCCAACGAGUUCUCAACCCGUAUCAAGAAAUUGGCAAGUCACGGAACCGGAUCUGAUCAUGAUAUGGCAGGUUCAGGAUUUUGGUUAAAAUAAUUCAAAAAAAAAAAAAAAAACCCUUGUGAUGGAAAGAAGAACAUACUAGGAACUUUUUAAUGCUUGAAACAGAGAGACCAGCGAAGACAGAUUUAGUCUUGGAAGUCCUUUUCUAAGUUCUUCCGCCUUCAGAUACUCCCCAUCACGCGCUCAUGCGUCAACGACAACACUGCAGAUUAGUGGUUCUCGUCCUGUGUGUUUGUUUGCAAUUUUCUGAGAUGAUACAUCUCUGUUAUCAGAUCUAAUGUCACUACUGUCUAUUAAAUUAGGGCCAAAUUGCAUUAUGUUCCUCUGGGUUUAAAAUUGGUACCGCGUUUCUAUUA